AAUGGGCUCUCGAAUAAUCUGUCAAUAGUUAUCAAAAUUUUAUCAAAACGGGCCUGAAAAUAUGAAUGAUAACAUGUGUUUCGCGACUGUUUCACAUAACUUACGGUCAAAAUAAGUAACGUUGACCGUGUCGGUGGACGUGCAAAGAUCCUUUUAGGAAUCUUAAUUGUAAGAAAUUGGGAUUAUUACCCAUGGUCCUCCGGCUUAUAGAAAUAACGAGCAUGGUGUUAUGCUGAUAUUUUUCAGUACAUUGUUUACAAUCAUUCCAGUAAGAAAAUAGAAAAAAAGUGAAAAAAAAAAUGGCAAGAUAUUUUGAAAAUACAUCAACAUUCAACUUCAGUUGGGAUCAAGUUGCUCGAGGAUAUUGGAAGAGAUACCCUAACCCACAGAGUACCCAUGUCCUGUCCGAGGACACAUGGAGCCGGGAAGUGAAGGACGGAUGCCUGUACACAAAACGGGUCCUCACUAAGACGAACAGAGUGCCUAAAUGGGGAGAAAGAUUUUUUAACGCAAAAUCAGUGAAGAUUAUUGAGGAAAGCAUCGUGGAUCCAGAGAAGAAAAUAUUCGUCACCUACACCAGGAACUUAGGAUAUACCAAAGUUAUGAGCGUGGUAGAACGCGUAGAGUACCGCUCCGCUGGCCCGGGACAGACGGUCGCGUGCCGCUCCGCGUGGAUCGACUCGCAAGUGUUCGGAUUCUCGCGGGCUAUCCGAGCGUUCGGCGUCGAUAGGUUUAAGAAGAACUGUAAUCAGAUGGUGAGCGGUUUCAACCACGUUCUCCACAGCAUGUUCCCCCGCCAAGUGCCAUCACAGCACACGAUGACACACACCCUUAAAGAGAUGCGCGAGGCAGCCGCGGCCGCCACCGACCGCGCCAAGGCCAACGUGCUGUCCAGUGUCAACCGGACAUAACCAGACGCUGACUGACCUAGGACUUAAGUGGAGCAAACCACCACGGAUUAGUGUUAAAAUGGAGUGCUUAGAUAGUAGUGCAGUGUUUGUCUUACCAGUCUUGCAAAGGAGUAUUGGGUGGUCCAAGUAACUCCUUGUAAAACACUGGAAGCCGACCCCAAUAUAGUUGGGAAAAGGCUAAGUUAGAAAUUAUUGCUUUUUUGUUGUAUGAAAGAGAUGUUGUUUAGGUCAAAUAAAAGUAUGCAUUAUAAAUAUUUAUGCGUACCGAUUGGACUUGCUCUGUGGCUAAUGAAACUUUACUGAUUCAAAAAGGUAUUAUGAUAUCGGGUGUAUAAUUAGUUGUUGAUGCACAGUUUAUUUGCACUGUUGCACUAAGUUACUAUGUUGCACAGUUUAGUAGCACUGUUGCACUCAUUCCAAUGAUUAUAUCAGUUUCAAUGUCACGUUCAAAAAUGCAAUAUUUUCUUCUCAUGAGCACUCCAUGUUUUAAUAGUCUGUGGCAGAGUGAUGUGUUAUAAAGGAAAGUACAAUAAGAUUCCCAUUGUGAAGGACUGCUGUAGAAGUUAGUAGUCUACCAAGUGAAGAUUGUUUUAUGAUGAAAAGGUUCUAAUCUACAUGUCUAUAUAAAUAAGCACCAACUUGUUGAGAAUAAGACUUUCAAUGGACUCCCUUUCCGAUAAGUGUCUCGAACAAUUUUUAUGCACCUAAAUCAUAGACUAACAAUUUGUCAUGCAAACUUUUUUUUGCAAGUAACCAUAGACUUUUGAAUUGACCUCUUUAUUAUCAAAAUAAUUAUUUUUAUCGAAAGUGAGUCCAUACAGUUUAUUUCAAAUGCACAACAACUGUAUUAAUUUUGAAUUCCACUGCCAUUUUCUUCAUUUACGUGCACACGACGCUACCGUAACUUCGCCACAUUCCAACCGUGUGGUAUAUUGUUAUAUAUGAGUAUAUUUAUGUAAGAACAUGCUUCUGGCAUCGCGGAUAGAGAAAGGUCUAUACAAUCUAUGUAUUAUAUAUAUUCUUUGAAAAAAUACAUGUGAUGACAGGAGUUUUUGAGUACGUUUUUAAAUUAAUGUUGCCAGUAAAAUCGCCAUAGUGAAAAUAAGCCGUAUAUAAUAAGCCAAGUGAAAUACUGGCGAAUCUGGUAUUAGACAGAUUUCAGUUCUCAAAGUUGAAUAUAAAAAUAUUUUAUGGUAUAUCAACAUUUAUUUAGUGAACUAGUUACUUUCUUACGCCCAUAUUAGGCCUUUCUCUUGAGGCGAUGCAUUUUGACUGAAUUCUUUGAUAUAUGAUUUGGAAAGUGUAAAGUUAGCGAUUUUGCGAGCUACGUCUAUUUUUCAAAAGGGGAUUUUAAGAUUAUUUAUAAAAUAUCGUCCGUAUAGGCAGUUAUUUGCUGGAUAGAGGUCGCGUGAACGAUAUAAAGCAAAGAUAAUUGCUUUAAUUAUGUUAUUUUCAGUAUUUAAGAUUAAAUUAUUUAUCUAUUCAAAUAUAAUAAAGAGGAAGCAUUAUUCGUUUUAGAGGCUCCGAAACUACUGAUCCUAUUUGAAAAGUUCUUUCACUGUUGGAAAGCUACACUAACCUUGAGUAACAGGCGAUAUUUUAUCGAGAAAACAGCCAAAGCUGAACGAGGUUUGCGCCUGUUAAAAAUUAAAUUUACAAAUAGGCACAUGGGCACUGGGCAUAAUAAUAAUGAACUUUAUUUCCUCUAUAUAAGGUAGGAAAUUGCGUGAAAGUAGAGCUAAUGCACGAAUAAAAUUUAGCCAUAAUUAGCUCGAAGUAGGAGUGCCUGAUAACGUAUAAAAAUGGUAUUUAAGUGGAUUUACAAUUUCGUAAAGAAAUUAUCCACUAAGUAAAUGGGUCAGACUAAAGUGAAAUAUUUUCCCCGUCUUUUAAGUUGCGGUUUUUUUUUUAAAUACAUAAAGGCAGCUCCAUCUCGCUAACUAGCAAAAAGGUUUGAUUAAUAUGUAAACAUUUAUUUAUUAUUGUUUCCUCUAUUGAUUGAAAUUCAAAAGUUAUUUAUUAAUACUAUACCUUCCAUCUGCUUUCUGAAAAUGUGGUGUACUUGGAAGAUUAAAAAAUAUAUCUUUAUAGAUACAUGUACAUCCUUAAUAUUAUGAACGCAGAUACAAGAAUAUGAAUGUUAUUAGAAAGAGAUUUCAUCUUUUCUCUAUAUUGUCUAUUUACUACCAGAUAAUUCCAAAUGGUUUAUUAUAUCUGUACAUACUAAAUCUUAUUAAAUGUAUGUAGAAACGCAUAACACAAUUUUAUUAGUGUCUAUUACGAUGCGGAGUAUUAUCUGAUGUAAUUAACCAUAUUUUAAUGUGACUAGAAAAAAUAUAUCUUAAAUUACAAUAAAACCUUGCCAUAAAAUAAAAAUCAUAAAAAGGAAAAAUGUCGAUGUUUAAAAUUUAAGAAAUAUAUUUUUAUUAUACUCAAACAAUACGAUUUAGUCUAGUCUCUUUGGGAAAUCAUAGUUUACUUUAUGUCUCUGCCUAUUGCAUUUAGGUGUCUAGUAACUACUAAUAAUUUUAACUAUGAUAAAUUAUUAAUUGUUAACCACAUUCAAGCUCUUAUAUUCUUCGUGAAUGUAUUUUCAAAUAAAAAUUGCAAAUGUUAAAAAGCAAGUUGAUUAUAAACUCAGAACUGUCUAUGAAAUAAUUGUUACUUAUUCAAAUUAUAACGUAAUCAACUUCAUAAAUAAUAAUUCAUUAUUUAAAAUGUCUAAUAAGGUAAGGUAAAUUUAUGGUAAAGUUCAAUUCAGUAUAAAGUAUAAGUGGUAUAAGUUAGUAUCGAAAGAUUUACUAUGGUACCAGAGGAAUUGUAAUACGUAAAGUGGUCUAUUAUGGAAGGUUAAAACGUUAUUAACUUGACGUCUAAGCUAUUGUAGGAUAUUCAAAACACAUGUUAUCAUAACACAAAAUUUGGCAACGUUCGAGCAGAUCCAUAGUAUAAAAUUAGUAUUAGUUACCAUAAUCAAUGAUAAGAUAAUAAAUGAGUCUAUUUAA